CGAAGCAUCGACAAUACAUACAGUUUCUUCACGAUCGAAGACCUGUUUCGACGGUUCCGCGAAUUGGAAAUUCUGUUUCGAGUAAAAAUCUAUCAUUUCAUUUCACUUUAUGUUUUGGUUGCUGUAAAUAAAGAAAAGCCGUCUAUUUUUACGCCUUCUCACCUCCUGAAAAUAUUCACGUUUUUGGGUAUUUUUAUUUUGUCAUAUUUCUCGUGCGCGGUUGAAUAUAAACGUACAAAAGUGCUAUACGGCAAGCGGCCGCCGUGCAUCUUAAGUUCAAGUGCCCGUUGCUCAUUCGACAAGUAAAAUAAAAAGUAGUUCGAGGCUGUCGGUGCGUUCUAUCCAGCGUGUGUAGAACUGAAGCCAUCUGAAAGCCCCCAAUCCAUCCGUGUUCGUCUAGCGCUGAGAAAGUUACUUCGAAGGUGUUCUGUGGCCUCCGGUUGUGUUGUUUAUUACCCCGAGAGAGAGUGUGUGUAGUGUUCCGCGAUGUCCAAACCAAAGUCUCCGCCCCAUCCAAACCAAGCUGAACAGGAAACGUUCUUCAUGAGGAGCAAGCCCGAUCCUAUUCCGUUCAAUCAGUUCCUUUACAAUUCAGCAGAGGGAACCGUACUCGGUCGUACCGCAGGGUCAUGGGCCAAAAUCGGCACCUUUUAUAUGGUCUUCUACUGUGUGCUGGCUGCCCUGGUUGCCGUCUGCAUGUGGGUCUUCUUCCAAACGCUAGACCCAAGGACUCCAAAGUGGCAACUGGAUCAGUCACUCAUCGGAACCAAUCCAGGUUUGGGCUUCCGUCCACUUCCCUCUGAGGACAACGUCGAAAGUACACUCAUCUGGUACAAGGGCACCGAGGAGAAAAAUUAUAAACAGUGGACAGACGCAUUGGACACAUUCUUGCAAGAUUACCGGACACCUGGUCAAAUCUCGGGUCGGGGGCAAAACAUCUACAACUGUGAUUAUACUCAACCGCCACCGCCAAGAACUGUGUGCGAUGUGGACAUUAAGCAGUACGGCCCAUGCACGCUGGAAAACCACUACAACUACCACAAGAGCGCGCCUUGCAUAUUCCUGAAGUUGAACAAAAUCUACGGCUGGGUCCCAGAAUUCUUCAACGAUUCCAGCAGCUUACCUAGCAAAAUGCCAACCGAUCUGCAGGAUUACAUCAAGACGGUCGAAAAACAGGAGAAGCACACCAUGAACACCGUCUGGGUGUCGUGCGAAGGUGAAAACGCUUCCGACAUCGAGAGUAUGGGACCCGUCAAGUACUACCCACGCCGUGGUUUCCCAGGUUACUACUAUCCGUACGAAAACUCCGAAGGUUACCUCAGUCCACUCGUCGCAGUACACUUCGAGCGACCAGUUCGCGGACUGCUCAUCAACAUCGAGUGCAAAGCAUGGGCUCACAACAUCAAGCACGACAGACACGAACGUCUCGGAUCGGUGCAUUUCGAGCUGAUGAUCGAUUAAACUUACACACACAUACACUCACGAGGACUUCGAUCGUUCUCGGCCGCUUCCUGGUUUCUUUUUCUUCGGCUUAGUUUUGAGAACCGGAUUUAGAAACGCAGAACCCUGUCAUUAACAAUUGUAUUUUCAAAACAGACAAUCAGGAAGCGAGAUUUUAUACACAUCUCAUACACUCGUGUCAUUAUCAACCGAAAUGCAAAAUUCUAAAUCUUAAAUAAUAGUCUAUUGUCAAAUGAGGGUUGCGAUAGGGGAACAUUGUAGGAAUACAAUUAGGCGAUCUCACGAUCUUCUUUGAAAUGUAGGAGGAAACACAAAGGAUGCAGUAAGAACGUUAGCAAAAAGUAGUGUAGGAAAAAGGUAAGAUUGUUGUGCUUGUAUUUUUUUUUAUUAUUAUAAAUAAUAAAUGAAGUUGAGAAUAUUAUUUAACUACCAUUCGAUACUGUUGAGCAUUGAUUUGAUGAUUUCGAUCUGGAAAAAAUUAUAAUACAAAUAGCUAUGCAUGCAUUGACGGAUUCGAUCAUUCUGCCAGUAGACAGGAUCGAUAACUACUUAUUGAUUCUUGUAAAACUGCCAAUAGAAUGUGUCACUUGAAUAGGGAAUGCCACUAUACCAUUCAUACUGCAGAGGUUUAAUUAUGUUUGAAUGGCAGGGAGAUUGGUUGUUGAUCUUCUGCCUGCGAUAGAAACUAAAAACACAACCAUAAAAGCACAUUCAGUCCAGCUAGACAUCCUAGAAUCGAAUCCAAAAUAGUUACGAUAGAUAGUAAAAUAAAAAUCAAUAAAAGUAUUAUGAAGUGUGGCAAAGCCAGUAAGAUUGACCAACUCUCCGGUAUUAAUAAACAGGGUGCCAACAUCGUUCACACGGGAGUUAACCCUAACCCAUGUCGGUGUUUUAUACCAUGCGGUCGCGGAACGAGAAUAAGACGAUUGUAAGACGUUAUUAGGCUACAUUAUGUCGGCCAGAAACGAUCUAUUCUUUUCUGCAUUUCGAAUUUCAAUGUCGUGCGUGAUUUUAUUAGAUUUGUUUUCCGAGCAAAGAAUAUACACAUUGCGUCCUUGGAAUCUAAAUUCCAUUCUUCUGCUAUCUGAAAAAAAGUUUGAGAGCUAAAUCUUUCAGGGUGAAUUAUUGUGCUUCAGGUUUGUAUUGUAAAAAAUGGAGAAUAUGUAUUCUCCGUGUACGAUUAAUAUCAAUCUACAGUCCAAGAUGCAACUUUGUAAAUGAUGGAAAAUAAAAUAAAACAGAAACAUCA